AAGUUAGUAAUGAUCCUUGUAUGUGGGUAUUGAUCACAAAGUUGUCUUAAUUAUUCGUAGUCUAAAAGCAUAAUUUUGCUAUAUGUAUUCUUGGAGAAAAGCAUAUGCACUUCGAUUUUUUCUUGAUAAUCUUACGGUUUUGUUAACAGCUAUUGGUACAGCAGGAGUUGGAGUAUUGCUAGCUUUCGUCAUUGCAUUUGUUUUCAGGAAGGAAGCAAUGGAAAUUUUUAGGAAAAGGAAGGGAAUUUUUAGGAAAAAGGUGGGAAUUUUUAGGAAAAAGGUGGGAAUUUUUAGUAAGGUAACAAAACGAGACCAUGCUACUGAGGCUUUCAUUAGAAAUUAUGGAAUUUUAGCUCCCAAAAGAUACAACUUCUCAUAUAUCAAGAAAAUUACCAAUUCAUUUAAAGAAAAGCUAGGCAAAGGUGGCUAUGGAGAUGUAUACAAAGGGAAACUACCAGAUGGUCGUCUUGUAGCUGUGAAGGUCCUAAAUGCAUCCAAGGAAAAUGGUGAAGAAUUUAUCAAUGAAGUUGCAAGCAUUAGUAGAACUUCCCAUGUCAAUAUUGUUUCGCUUCUUGGAUUUUGUUUAGAGGGUGAAAAAAGAGCAUUGAUCUAUGAGUAUAUGCCAAAUGGAUCUCUAGAAAAGUUCAUCUUCAAUGAAAGCACUUCGGAGGAAAGUCAGCACUUGGGAUGGGAAAAAUUGUAUAGUAUUGCAGUUGGAAUAGCACGAGGGCUUGAGUACUUACACCGUGGAUGCGCCACAAGGAUUUUACAUUUGGACAUAAAGCCUCACAACAUUCUUCUUGAUGAAGAGUUUUGCCCAAAGAUCUCUGAUUUCGGGCUGUCCAAAUUAUGCACCAGAAAAGACAGUAUUGUGUCAAUGAUGGGGCCUAGAGGGACAGCUGGGUAUAUAGCUCCAGAAGUCUUUAGUAGAAACUUUGGAGCUGUUUCACACAAAUCUGACAUCUAUAGCUAUGGAAUGAUGAUUCUUGAAAUGGUUGGAGGAAAGAAGAGCAUUCAAAUAGGGGUAAAUGUUAGUAGUGAGUAUUUUCCUGAUUGGAUCUACAGACAUCUAGAACUGGUUGAUGAACAUGAGUUGGAAGGUUUGAGCUCCAAAGCAGAAACUGAUACUGAAAAGAAGAUGAUAUUAGUGGGUCUCUGGUGCAUUCAAACAAAACCUUCUGAUAGACCAUCAAUAAAUAAGGUGAUUGAGAUGUUGGAAGGAAGUGUAGAAGCUUUACCAAUUCCACCCAAGCCUCUCCUUUCUUCUCCUCCAAGAGCAGCACUGCCAAUGUCAGAUUCUGGUACUAAAUCACUACCAGUGCCAGAUUCUUGCACUACAUCAAGUUGUGAUAGUGUUAACUAGUAGACUAAAUUUUAUGACUUUGGUUUAUAUUUUGUCUCCAUCAAGAUGUAUUUGAAAUUGAUAACAUAACCAACCCAGAUGGACUCUCU